AUGAUACUCGCGAACAUGGCCGCAAACGGUGAGGAAUUGGUGGCUAACAGUCACUUAUUACCAGCUGUAGCGGUGGGGUGCAAAGUAGGGGAUUUGAUCAAGAAGUAUGUGAGGUCUGAUCGUAAUCCGGCGGUUCUGCUGACUUUUGGUGGGACCGUGUUAAAUGUGCGGCCUUCACCCAUGGUCGCAGCGUUUAGUUCAAGAGGGCCUAACAUGGUGACACCAUCUAUCUUGAAGCCAGAUGUGAUUGGGCCUGGGGUUAAUAUCUUGGCUGCUUGGUCUGAGGAUGUUGGGCCUACUGGAUUGGACACAGACACUAAGAAGACCCAAUUCAACAUCAUCUCAGGUACAUCAAUGUCUUGCCCGCAUAUAAGUGGAUUGGCAGCACUGUUAAAAGCAGCUCAUCCACAAUGGAGUCCAAGCGCAAUCAAAUCUGCCCUAAUGACUACUGCCUCCACUCAAGACAACACCAAAUCCCCUCUCCGAGAUGCUGCAGGAGGAGCACUUUCCAACCCAUGGGCUCAUGGAGCCGGUCAUGUAGAUCCACAUGAAGCCCUCUCUCCAGGCCUUAUAUAUGAUAUCUCAACUGAGGAUUACAUCUUCUUGUGUUCCUUGGACUACACGGUUGAUGAAGUCCAAACCAUUGUCAAACGCUCCAAUGUUACGUGCUUUAGAAAAUUUUCCAACCCUGGUGAACUCAAUUACCCAUCAUUCUCCGUCUUGUUUGAAAACAAUGGGGUGGUUCGAUACACCCGAGAAUUGACAAAUGUCGGUGCUGCUUGGUCUAUCUAUCACGUGACUGUUAAUGCACCACCAUCGGUGGCUGUGACAGUAGAGCCUUCAACACUUUUUUUUGGAAAAGUAGGGGACAAACAAAGUUACACUGUUACGUUUGUGGCAGAGGGAGCAGGAGAUGUAUCCAAGUCCGAAUUUGGGUCAAUUGUUUGGAGCGACGGUCAACACCAAGUUAAGAGCCCAAUUGCUUUUCAAUGGACAGUUGUCAAAUCAGGCUCAGAGUCUAUGACGUUUUGGGGUUUGUUUUUCCUUCUCCUUUGGGUUCCACUAAUGUCAUUGGGUUUGUUGAUCCAUUUUAGGUGUGCUCGUGGCCAUGGUAAUAGAUGGCUAGCAAGGCCCCUUCUUCCCUUGCUCGAUUUAUAG